AUGCUCUACCGUUUACUGUUAGUCUGUCUUCCUGUUGCAUUUGCGGUAAGUGAAAUGAUCUGGGAUUAACGAAAAAGAUUGAUUCGCAGCAAAUACCUGUGUAUCUCCGAACUCCGGCAAUUGCGGUGGCUGCUGCUCCGAUUGCCCAACUCCAGUGUGCUCAGCAAUGCAUGCCAUCUUGUCUUCCUUCGUGUCUUGUCGCCCAGUCACCAUAUCCAGCAUACCAGCCAGUUGUGAAAGCUGUACAAGCAACUCCAGUGGUCCAGACUCCUCCUGAUGCAGCUUCCUUUUAUCAGCCGUAUAGUGCCGGACUUGCGUACUAUCCAGUGGUUCCGAGUUGCACGCCUACGUGUAUGCCAACAUGUGCUCCGACUUGUGUAUCUUCUUCUCCCAGUCCACAGCGAGAUGACCUCCCGACUCCUCCACCAGAAACCGUUCCGACACCAUCUCCGGAAAUCACAACUACCGCUCCAACUGAUGUGGUUCCCUGCAAAUGUCUCAUCAAAAUCACUAUCACUCAAGGAAACAAUACCAUUUCAAAGUGCGGUCCGAACUCAUGCGCCUGCCCUCAAGGAUACAACCAAUGCGGAUCUAACUGUUGCCGAGCCUGA